AUAAAAUAAUAAAAUAAUAAAUAAAAAUAAGCAGUGGCUUAGUUCGGCUAUGCCAGGAUAUACAUAGCGAAAGCUAAGGCAUAGAAUGGUUAGCCUUGGUUAACCUUGAUUGCAAGUCCAGGUUAGGCUGGUUGUCUAGCUAUGUUGAGGCAUUUAGCCAGUGGUUCGGCGCUAUGUUCGUCUGUUUCCUUGGCGAUUCGUUUCAUCUUCAUCUCGUUCCGAUGUCGAUUCCAGGCCUCCUCCUGCCUAUCAGAAUUGUCGCCGUCCAUACUGCUGCCUCAACUGUGGUUGCGGGGCAGGCGAGCUCUCCUUUUCAAUCCUCGGACACGUUAUCAGGCAUGCGACGCAGCUGGCGAAGCGAGCGGAGGCGAACGCAACGACGAGGAACGCGUGUGACGUCAUACCCAACGGCGUAUGCGGAAAGGCGCUGCGCAUCGGCGGAACACCUGUGGCUCCGUGCUACUAGUGGCGCAUGCGCAGUACUGACUAGGGAGCGAGAGAGAGGGAAAUAUCCGCGGUGAGGCGCGAAUUGAGACGUCAUGUGCCUCCUCUGAGCACCGCCACGGCGAAAUCGAAAGUUCGCGGCCAGUGAAGCUUUCGCUUUAAUAUCCGCGGCGAGGCGCGCGUUGUGAUGUCAUUUGCCUCCUCGGAGCACCGCCAAGGUGAAAUGGCAAGUUCGCGGCCGUUAAAGCUUGCGCUUUAAAAAAGGAUACACGAGCACCGGCGUCAGCGAGAGGCGUCUACUACGCCGUCUGCAAUUCGCGUGGCCAACGCCGUAUCAGACGCCGCGGUUUUCUCCGCUCUGUAUGGACCAGCGGAUGAGGAGGACAUUGAGACACCCCAGCAGCCGCCGGAGAAGAAUGCCCCUCCUCCCUCGCCUGACCCCCGGCUUCUCGUGCCACAGGUGCAAACACUCAUCUGAGCCGCGUUCCUCGCUUGCGCGCGCGAGAUUGAACCGCGUUCGCCAGGUCACCCUCCCACGCUUUCACUCAUACUGCACAUGCGACGGCAGAAAUGCGUCUGGAUGAUAGUGAUCUAAAGAAAGGAAGGACGCUUGAUUCUGCAACCCGUUAGGGAGAACGGCGAAGCUGCGUCUGGCGUGUCCAUAUAAUUGCUACCGCAAUAAAACAAAGGGGAGCGGAAAUAGUGUAGUGUCAUCGCGCCAAGACAAAGCCACCUAGAAAAAAAUGUAAGGCCACCGCAUCACCUCCUCCCCUUGUGAAUACGUCACGAGAGUCGGAUGGUAGCGGUGAAUGGGGGAGCGCUGCGUUUUUACAACGCGGCGCGCGUUCUGAAAACAAAUUUUCUCCGUGGCUGCAACGCUAGAGCGGCAACGCGUGGAGCUUUUUCUUGGUGGCUUUGGUGGGGCAUGCUGCACCGUAAACGCGAUUGCUUUCCUUCGAUUGUGCGUGGUUCGUCGUACACGGAAGCACAACGAUGCCUGGCUGUUGUUGCGCACUGCAAGUCCAAUUAUGACGGAGGACCAAGUGUCCGAGUGCACAAGUUCCCAUCUGACCGAGCCACUCGGGAAGCAUGGACGAGAGCAGUUCCUCGGAAGGACUUCUCGCCAACGAAGUACACAGUGCUCUGUGAAAAGCAUUUCUUGCCAUUGGAUUACUUGAAGACGACAUCUUACACGGAGGCCAAGAGAGGAAAAGUGGUCGAAGUUGCCAUGAAAAAUAUUCGUCUGAAGAAAAGUGCAGUUCCGAACUUGUUUCUCAAUUGCCCUGCCUAUUUAUCGCGUCCGCAAGCGUGCGUUCGAGAAGCGCCGGGUGCCAAAAGAGUGAGCUUGGAAGCCACAUAUUUGAAUAAAGCAAUAAUGCUGUCUCAGCAAACCCAAGCAGAAGAGGACGCCAAAAAUGUGGUUGGUAGCUUUGCGGACUUGCUGAAGGCCCUGCCAAGCUUUCAGAGUUCCGACUUCUGGACAGUUUUGAACAAGGGCUCCAAGGUUUUCUUUUUGGACUUGUCACUUGAAUCUGCUCCUACAGUCCGUACUUCGGUGAUCGUGUCCACAGACCUGCGCGUCGAAGUAUUUUUUGGUGAAACGGGUGUGAGGAAGUGUGGUGAUGUGUUAGUGCCUGAAAAGCUGUGCGACUUGAGAGAUUUGAAAAGUGUGUUACACAUGAUUGAACAGACACUUAAGGAUAUCAGCACUGAGCGUUCUGAAAAGGCCCGUCAUCUACUGACAUUGGUUUCGACAUUGCUAGAGGAAGUAAGUGGAAAACAUAUUGCAUGCGAGUUGCAAGAAUGGCAUUUGGAAGUGCUUACAUUCUUGAAGAGUCAAGUUGAUCUUGUUUUGAAUAAUGCUGGCGGAUAUCCCCCCGAUUUAUUGGUUUUUGCUAGCCUUUUGUUCACAAUUUCACCUCAUGCAUAUAGAUUCCCGAGACGUUUGAUGAAGCUUAAGAUGCCGCAUCCUGAUACGAUCAGAAGACUGUUUAUCGUACGAUGUACGCCCCGAAACGGAGCAGCAAGAAUGUAGCUUUCUUUCCUAUGCAAAGCGUAUUGUAAGCACAUAUAAAGAACAUGAAAAGACUGUAACGUUAAUGAUUGAUGAGAUUCACCUUCAAUAAUUUUUUUUUAUUACAAGGCUGCCUGUGUUACUGGUGCUGCGGUAAAUUCAUCGACUGCAGCAAAAACUGCCCACGUAUUUAUGAUACAGAGCCUGCUCUCUUAAAACAAGGAUGUUGUACACAUUCUUCCUGUGGCACAAAUCGAUGCUAAGGCGCUGCAUGAUUUCCUUCGUAAGAUUGUUCUUGAUCUAGAGGCAUAUGGUUUUAGAAUAAUCGCAGCGAUCUCGGACAAUAACUCCAUAAACAGAAAAGCCAUGUCCUACUUCGCUAAUACGGCAAGUGUCAGCAUUGUUUACCAGCAUCCUGCUGACCCGACACGACCCCUGUUUUUCGUCGUGGACCCAGUUCACAUACUAAAGUGUAUAAGAAAUAACUGGCUGAAUCAAAGAAACAUUGGCAAAUGCAUGUACUUUCCUGAACCGAAGAGUGAUGAGGCUGAAUCAAAGAUACUUACAACAUCUUUCAAGGUAUUAUGCCAGUUGCACGAAGGUGAAAAGCAUGAGCUCUUGAAGCUAGCACCAACGCUCACUUUGAAGGCACUGAACCCCUUGAACAUGGAACGGCAGAACGUUAAACUGGCCUUAAAGAUUUUUAACUCAUCUACUGUUGCUGCUCUCAGUGUUGCGACGUUCCAGCAUGCAAAGGAAAAAUCUCUAUAACCCGCCGUGGUUGCUCAGUGGCUAUGGUGUUGGGCUGCUGAGCACGAGGUCGCGGGAUCGAAUCCCGGCCACGGCGGCCGCAUUUCGAUGGGGGCGAAAUGCGAAAACACCCGUGUACUUAGAUUUAGGUGCACGUUAAAGAACCCCAGGUGGUCGAAAUUUCCGGAGUCCUCCACUACGGCGUACCUCAUAAUCAGAAAGUGGUUUUGGCACGUAAAGUCCCGUAAUUAAAUUAAUUAAUUAAAAAUCUCUAUAUGUCGACACCAUUUUGACUUGGUGGAACAUUGUUAACGUCAAGACGCCAAAAAAGGACAGCGGUUGCGAGAUCAGUUGCAAUGUCUAAUAGUUUCAUCGGCAUGUCCUGAACUAGAAUUCUUAGAGAGAAUAGUUCAACGGCUUAAUCACUGGGGAAGCCUCAAACAUGACAAUGGCCGCUUGACACGUGAAACGCACAUAUAUUUCAGGCGCACUACCCACGCCUUGCCCGAACUUACCAUAUACUGUCUCGAAGAGCUUCAUUUCGAGUAUGUUCUUUUGGGCAAAUUUCGAACUGAUAGCUGAGAGGAUCGCUUUGGAAAGUACCGGCAAUUGUCUGGUGCCAACUACCACGUGUCUUUAAGGCAGAUAUAUGAAUCUGAAAACAAAUUGCGUUUUCAGAAGGUUCUGGACCUGCCAGAUUUGGACAUUCUACUACCACCGAGCGCGAGCACGUUGGAGACAAGUGUAACUUCAAAAAAGGGCCAGUUUCAAGUCACUGUGACCGACUCUGACAUUAAGAAAAAAACGUCAAGGCUACCUGCACUAACCUAUGUUGCCGGCUAUUGUGCCCAUGCAGCUGUAGAUAUGUUGGCAUGCGCAUGUUGCAGUGAAAGCCUUGUGAUGCAAGACGUCGAUCUAGAUGACCCUGAGAAUGCAUUAAUCACGAAGAUGACAAGGGGUGGCCUGAAGUUUCCACGAGCAGUUGCAGUUAAUGCAUACUCUUUACUGAAAUUAUAUUGGACAAGCUCAGGACACCAGAAUAUGCCGUACGAUUUUUCAGCCUUCCUAAGCAGAAAGAUACUCUAGUCGGCCUUGUGUUCGCUACCCUUUAUGACUUUAAGGAUGUAGAUGUGUGUGAUUUCGUCAUCCUGCACAGGAGGUAAUGGGGCAUGUUGUAAGUGCUGCAGCGAAUACACUGCUGAACAAUUUGUGCCGCACAUAAAACGACAAAUUACGCAACGCCAAGAACGACAGAAAAUUGCAGACCUUGAAGGCCUGAGAUGUUUCUCAUUAUUUAUUUUUUCUUCAUGAAGCUCUGUUUUGUCGAACAUCUACGUAUGUUUGUGUUGACAGAACCCUUGUAAAAAGAAACCUGUGGCGUAGCUAGGACUUAUUUCCCUACUUUAUCAAAAUUUAAACCCUGCAUUUUGGCCAAUUCAAAUGUUAGCGUUUGAGUGCAUUGUGCUACCUGUUUAUAAUUCGAACUCUCUAUGCUACCGCAAUCCAAUAAUUGCAUGUUUUCCUUUAGGAGUGAGAAUAGGCCUCUCGUUUUUGUCUUACUUUUCACCAUUAUCUCAGUAUUUUAUGAAGACCAAAAAGCCCUGCAAACAAGGCGGGUGGAAAUAAAAUAACCACAAGAAAUGGUACAACAAAGACGGAAGCUUAUUCUAUUUGACAAUUAGUUGUGUGGGACUCUAUAAUGAUAAAAUUUUCACAAUAAAGUGAACCUCGAUAUUCGUGUGUCUAGCGAGGACUGUUUUACGCAAUGCAAGAGUGAGAAUGAUAAUUGUAUAGGGAAGAUUUAAAAUGUUUGUUUCUGAAUGCAGUUCUUAUCAUUUGUGAAUAAAGUAUAUUCUGUGUCUUCAA